AUGAAGACGGGAAUUAUACUCUCUUUCGCUCAUCAUACCCGUGUCAACCCCAUUAUCCCCACUGGAGAUAUACCACCACGGGAUCUACCUGCUAAAGUAUGCGCCGCAAUCCAGACCAUGGAGGCAGCCACGGCUCCAGGACCGGACCAUGUUUCGGCCGACCUCUUACGAACUGGAGCACAUCGCCCACACGAGAACUUGCGGAACAUCUAA